AUGCGAACAUUGGAAAAAGGAGCAACGUGGCCCGUAGGCAUGAUAGCUGAUUCUGACUGGGAAGGAUGCAUCACUAACCCUAAUGAUAGCAACAAGAUUUCUGAUUUUUGGUCUAAUUAUGCACCCGAUCGGAAUUUCCCUAUUGAUAUUGCAGCCUUUGCAGUCAAUCUCAAUUUGGUUUUGCAACACUCGAACGCCCUGUUUGACGAAAAAGCUGUAGGAGGUCAAGAAGGUCUAAUACUUACCGGCCUUGGUUUCAAAAGCGCCUAUGAAUUGGAGCCCAGAGCUGAUGGCUGCAGGAAGAUCCUUGUUUGGCAUACGAAAUCAACCAAACAGGAGGUGAAAGUGAAUGGGCCAGCUACCAUUAAGAAUAUGUUAUAA